AAAAGCUUUUUCGUUUUCGUUUUGUCGAAAUUUUCAACGGAAAAUAUUUUAAGCGAAGAAAGAAUGAUAGUUGGAACAGAAUGUACGAAAAAAAACAAUAGGAUUACUAACACGAAGACGAGUCUAAACUUUAGAAUGAAGAGUCGACCUAGUCAGAUGAUAUAUAAUAUACAGAUAUAUAGAGACGUUCGUUAGUCUAAUGGCUUUUCUAGUGUUCAUCGCAUCUCCAAUAGGUGCAUAGGACCAGAUAGACCUGUAUAUUUGUCCCUAUAUAAACCAGUUCAUGGUUACCUGGAGCUCAGUGUUGGGUAAAUCGCUGGGUGAAGUCUAUCGUGAAAAUUUACAGGUUUUCGUGAGUUUUCUGAACAAUAACUACAACAAUACAUCUAUAAUGAUUAUUUUACUUGCUGGCAUUUUAUUCUUCGGUGUAAUUAAUGGAAAUCCAAUAAUGAAUGAAUUAAAAACACCUGAAACAGUAUCGAUGGAAACGAGAGAUAAAAGUUGGACUCCAAUAGAAAAUUCGUGGUCACCGUCGUCGAUAGGGAGGUUUUUCCGUUACGUUGAUUCGGAUAAAAAUGAAUUGCUAUUGAUGAAAAAACGUAUUGAAAAUAUUGAGCGUUCACAGCGUGAAAUUUAUGAAUUAUUAAAAAAAAUAACAAAAAAUGGUUCAAGCAAUUGUCAGUUUAUAAAAGAUCCGCCCCAAUCUACUUUGGAAAUUAAAGAAGACCAGAAACCAAUUCCAGUUAUCUCGAAAACUUCAUCCUCUUCACCUCCGACCUCAACUUCAGCUUCAACUUUGAUAUCCGUAUCUACAUCUUCAAUUUCCACUAAUUUUACUUCUCCUUCUCCUUCUUCUUCUUCAACUAUUUCUGGACUAACUAAUAUUGAUUUUACAAUUGAAGAUGCCAAGUCUUAAACUCCGUUCAAGUAGAAAUAAACCGAGUAGAGACAGUUGUGUUGUCAAACAGAAGCGCACAAUAAUCGACAGUAUUUUCCUCCGGCGAAUUUGUAGACAAUGUCAAAUUAACAGUUUAAAAAGUAUCGCCGCCAUAGGCAAUGAAAGUUAUUUAAAAUUAUCUACUGCUGACAUUCGAGGCACAUCAGAUUAGGUAGAUUGUAUUAUUCCAAUCGACAACACACAUUGAAUUUAAAUACCAGUGUUAUUUAACACUACUAUCAAUAUUCAGAGCCGCUUGUCUUGGAUUUUAAAUUUAAUUUAAAGACUAAUCAAAUUAAUGUGUUAAUUAAUGUCCUUUAUUUAAACUUUCGAAGACUGAGUUCAUGUAAUUAUUUAUUUUUUUUUUUUUACUAGACUUUACGCAGUUAAAGUAUUCGAAAAACUAGACUAGAUCCUUAAAAUUGUAAAUGACUUUCAGAAAAUAAAACGAAUAUUCAUUAGAAAAAAAAAAUUAUUGACUUCGAACUAAUGAAUCGCGGGUUUUUCCAACGACCUCGCUCUUGAUUAAAAAAUCCUCUUUGUCUUAUCAUUAAUAUAAGUCAUUAGAAUGAAUACUUCCUUAUACUAUUUAUGAUAAAUAUAUGAGUAUAUAAAUAACUAUUAACUGUAAGUUUAAAAAAUGCAAGUAAAGUAAUGAGUUAUUUACUGGGUUCCGAAAAAAAAAUUUCUUUUUUUUAUUGACCGCUCGGCUUGUAGAAUAAACGCAUGGGUAAAUCCAAUAGGUUGCGUCUAAAUACGCAUGGUGCAUUUUAAUUGUUAUUGUAAGGUCGUUUAUUCUUGUUAAAAAAGGGCAGACAAUGUGGUAAAAUGUCAUAACGUUGUGAGAAGUCGCAAUGGCCAGGUAUAGGCCAUUUAUUUAUUUUUUAUUUUUCGUGAUUACGUUUACGUCAAUUUUGGCAGACCGAGUGCACUUUGAAGAGGAAAGACAGAGAUGGAACACGCCACCAGAGUUAGUUCCAGUGGGGAGUGAGAGAAAUGAAAAUGAAAAUAAUUCAGACAAUCCUCAAGCGAGAUUUUUACCGUUCACAGCGAGCUUUACCUUGAACACUGGCGCCAAUAAUGCUCAUUCUUUGAGCGUUGGAGGCUCUGAUGAGGGAAUUAGUUUAUCGCAAAGUCAAAGUAGCAGCUCGAGUUUCUUUGAAAAUUCCAGGCCAGGAAUAUCUGCAAGUCAAUCAACAUCAUUUUCCGCUGGACUCGCGGGUAUUUCAGCAUCCGAUGCGAAUUCAUUAAGCUUAAACCAUCCAAUUUUCGGGAGAGAUGGUGGUAAUUCUGCUAACAGCAAUUCUUAUUCUUGGGGUGAAGCGAAUUCUUCGUCCGCGGGAAAAGUCGUCAAUAAUCAGGCAAUUACGAGCGCUCAAUCGAGCGUUGGCUCAUCAUCCAAUUCCGUUUCGUCGGGUGCAUCUUCAAGUGCUGGAAAUUUUGCUUCGUCUGCUUCGAAUGCUGGUACUUCAGCUAAUCGUGAUCAUUCCUCGUGGAACAUUCACCCGAAUUAUCAAAAUCAACAUUUCAAUAACCCGUACACAAGGCCUCAAGAAACGACCAGUAAUUUUCCACAAAAAUGGGAACAAAAACUGCCGGAACCAUCAUCGAAUAGAUACUGGUCACAAAAUCAUCAACAGAACCAACAAAAUCCUUCAUUACAAAUUUCAGGUGUCUCUGCAUCAUCAUCAGCGUCAAGUUCAGCUAAUGGUCAUUCAUUUGGCCAGUCGUCUGCAGGCAGUAGCUCAGGAGACAAUGGAAAACCGUCGUCUUGGGCUCAUAACCGUGUAGAGUCAUCGGGAAAUGCACAGAGCCUGGCUCAAGGAAAUGCAGCUACGGUUCAACAAACUUCAGAUAAAGUUGACGGGAGUUUUAGUUCUGGCGCUAUAUCUGCAAGCUCUGUUGACAAUGGCCAUGCACUCGGCACUUCGAUCUCCGAUAAUCGAGGGCAUUAUAAUCGCGGUCAAGUUACUGGACAGUCUGCUGGAAAUUCAGAUAUUCGCGGUACUGCUAAUGCUGGAACUGUGUCACUUAUUAAAUUUCCCGAUAACUCAGCGCCGAGGGAAUUUAUUCAAAGCAGAUUCGAGGGAAAUGCUAAUAAUAAUGACAAUAGUGGCCAAUUAAUGAGAAGAAGACCGAAAAUGAAACGUAGGAAUCCAGUUGAUAGAUUUUUAACAGAUAUUACUGAUACUGUUGUAGAUUUAUUUGAUAUUUAAUUCAUUUAUUUAUGUAAAAGUUUAUUAUUGUGAAUAAAUCAUUAAAUAUAAAAUUUA